AUGUUCCGUAGACGUCGUUAUUCACUUCAAAAAUGUAUUAUUUUUGUUAUAUUACUAGUACUUAUAUUUACGAUUUUUUUAUCAUUUUCUCCUCCAUCAUCUUUUCAAUCAAAAGAUAUAUUACAUGUUACACAAUUAUCAUUGAUGAAAACUCCUUCAAAACAAAUUAUAAGGCAAGAUGAUGUUCCGGAUAUAUUUGAAUUAUCUCUAUGGCGUCAUAUUCUUAUUGGUGCUAAAGGUAAUCAAACAUUAUGUGAAGUUCCUUCUCAAUAUCGUCCUAUUGCAAAUGCUUUUUGUCGAGCACAAAAUAGAGAUGAUUGUCCUAUGAUUCCAUGUACACUUAUUUAUCUUACUGAUGAAUUUAUAACAUAUGUCGAAUGUCUUCGAGGUGGAAAAGUAGCUAUUGAUGUAGAACCUGAUUGGGUAUGUCGAAAAAGUCCAGCUUUAGAAUUAUUUUCUAAUCCUCGUCGAAAACCAUCUGUAUGUGCUGAAGCAUAUACAACAAUAACUUCAGAAUUAUAUGGUCAAGCAUUAGCACCAUAUCGUGAUGAAGAAACAUCAAAAUGGGGUUUAACAUUGGAAGGUGAAUCAAUAGGAUAUUAUCCUUCUAUUGCUCAUAAAAAACGACUUUUAGCAUUGUUUGAUAUUACUAUUGGGUAUGAUCGGCGAUUUUUUGAUCUUAUUACGGAUGUACAUUUACCUGAUUAUGUAGAUAAAAUAACAAAUAAAAAUAAACAACGAUUAACAGUAAAACAAGCUCUUAGAAAAAGAUUUAGAGGACGAUCACCUAUUUUAUGGAUAAAUAGUAAUUGUGAUACUCCAUCAAAUCGUACUGCAUAUAUGCUUGAAUUAAUGCGUUAUGUUAGUGUUGAUGUUCGUGGUAAAUGUGGAAAUCCAUUAUGGAAUGAAUCAUUAGCUAUAACUGAUCCUAAACAAUUGGCUACAGAAAAAUUAAAUCUUGUUAAACAAUAUCUUUUUACUGUUGCUAUUGAAAAUAGUUUAGAAUAUGAUUAUGUUACGGAGAAAUUAUGGCAACCAUUAGCUGCUGGAAGUGUUCCACUUUAUUUAGGUGCACCAAAUGUUGAUGAAUGGCUUCCAUGUUAUAAUUAUUCAUGUAUUAUUCAUUUAAGAAAUUUUACAUCAAUAAAAGAUGUUGCUAAUUUAAUAAAUCGUCUUGCAAAUAAUAAAACACUUUAUGCUGAAUAUCAUCAAUGGAGAAAUGAAGAAAAUGUUCGAUCAAGUUUUAUUAAAAUGAUUAAUUAUUUUCAAGAAGCAAAUCAACAUUCAAUUGAAUGUCUUCUUUGUGAUAUGGUUUAUCGACAUGAUCAUGGAAGAAUUAGACGAAAAUUAUUAGCAGCUAAAAAUCCAUUCAAUGAUACAUUUCCUUCUUUAAUUUAA